AUGUCCUCAAAUCAAUUGGAACAAAUUCAACGUUCCCAAUCUGUGGAUACUGAAAAUAUUGCUGCUUAUAAUCCUCAAUCUCAAGGACAAGUUGGUGACACUCCUGAAGAUUAUGAAGAAAUUGCAAGAAUUGUUACAAAUUCACAAAAUGAUCCAGAUGGUGGUGUUUUAACAAAAUUAGAAACACUUUCAAAAAGAAUAUCAAAUAAAAAUUUAAAACAUCAAGAUCCAUUAAACAUUGACCCUGAAGAUUUUGAUUUUCAAAGAAUUUUAUCAAGUUUUUUAAGAUCUUCUAGUGAACAAGGUAUUCAUUUGAGAUCUACUGGUGUUGUUUUCAAAAAUGUCACCACUACAGGUAUUGAUGCUGCAAAUUCAUAUGCUCCAACUGUUGGAAACUUGUUACUUGCUCCACUCGCAGUUUAUGAACAUGUGAAAUCCAUUAGGGAUUCCAAAGCUCAUAGAAAUAUUAUUCAAGAUGUUACAGGUGUUGUUAAACCUGGUGAAAUGUGUUUGGUUUUAGGUAGACCAGGUGCUGGUUGCUCAACUUUCUUGAAAACUGUUGCUGGUGAACAUGAUCAAUUUAUUAAUGUUUCUGGUGAUAUCCAUUAUGAUCAAAUUCCACAAUCUGAAAUGAUGCAAAAAUAUAAAUCUGAUGUUAUCUAUAACGGUGAAUUAGAUACUCAUUUCCCUCAUUUAACUGUUGAUCAAACUUUAAGAUUUGCAAUUGGUUGUAAAACUCCACACACAAGAAUCAACAAUGCCACAAGAGAACAUUAUAUUACUGCUAAUAGAGAUCUUUUAGCUACAAUUUUUGGAUUAAGACAUACUUAUAACACUAAAGUUGGUAAUGAUUUCGUUAGAGGUGUUUCAGGUGGUGAAAGAAAGAGAGUUUCCAUUGCUGAAGCUUUAGCUACUAAAGCUACUGUCUAUUGUUGGGAUAAUGCCACUAGAGGUUUAGAUGCCUCAACUGCUUUAGAAUAUGCUCAAGCUAUUAGAACUUCAACUUCCUUAUCAAAAAAUGUUGCAUUCAUUACUUUAUACCAAGCUGGUGAAAAUAUCUAUCAAACUUUUGAUAAAGUCACAAUUUUAUAUGAUGGCCGUCAAAUUUAUUUCGGUCCAGUUGAAGAAGCUAAAGCAUACUUUGUCAAUAUGGGUUUCGAAGCUCCUUCUAGACAAACAACAGCUGAAUUCCUUACUGCAGUUACAGAUCCAGCUGGUCGUUUCCCACAACCUGGUUUUGAAUCAAGAGUUCCAAGAACAGCUGAUGAAUUUGAACAAUAUUGGUUAAACUCACCUGAAUAUAAAGCUCUUGUUGAUGAAAUUAAAGAAUAUGAAUCAGAUAAAGAUGCUUCUCAAACAAGACAAAUUUAUGAUCAAUCAUUGAAGCAAGAAAAGACAAAAUCUCAUACUCGUUAUACAUUGACUUACCCUCAACAAUUGAAAUUGGUUGUUAGAAGAGGUUUUGAUAGAAUUUAUGGUGAUAAAGCAUAUACAAUUGUUACUUGUGUUGCUGCUACUAUUCAAGCACUUGUUUGUGGUUCUUUAUUUUAUAAUACACCGGAUAGUACUAUCGGUUCUUUCUCAAGAUCAGGUGUUCUUUUCUUCAUGAUCUUGUACUAUUCCUUAAUGGGUCUUGCUGAAGUUUCUGGUCAAUUUGCUGAACGUCCAAUCUUAUUGAAACAGAAAUCUUAUUCAAUGUUCCAUCCUUCAUGUGAAACUUUUGCUUCUGCUCUAACAAAGUUCCCUUUCAAGCUGCUAUCAUUAACUGUCUUUUACAUUCUAAUUUACUUUUUAGCAAAUAUGAGACGUGAUGCUGGUAAAUUUUUCCUCAGUUUCUUGUUUUUGAUGUUAUCAUCUGAGACAAUUUCUGCUUUAUUCCAAGCUGUUGCUGCUUUAUCACAAAAUGUCGCUGGUGCUAAUGCUAUCUCAGGUGUCUUAGUCUUGGCUAUUUCCUUAUAUACUUCUUAUAUGAUUCAAUUGAAGGAAAUGCACCCUUGGUUCAAAUGGAUUUCCUAUAUCAACCCAAUCAGAUAUGGUUUUGAAAACAUGAUUACUACUGAAUUUCAUGGAAGAAAGAUGGACUGUGGUGGUAGUUUAGUUCCAAGUGGUCCUGGUUAUGAAUCUAUCACAACUGCAAAUCAAGUCUGUGCCUUUGUUGGUUCCAAAACAGGUGUGCCAUAUGUUAGUGGUGAUGAUUAUAUGAGAGUUCAAUAUGGUUUCAGUUAUAGUCAUCUCUGGAGAAACUUUGGUAUUAUCAUUGCAUUUUUAAUCUUAUUUUUAGCUGUGAAUGCCAUUGCUACUGAAUUUAAAAGACCAGUUUCUGGUGGUGGUGAUCAUUUAUAUUUCAAACGUGGUGAAAAGAAAUUAGAUGACGUUAUUAUUUCUGAAAAUGAAAAGCCUAGAGACAUUGAAGCUGGUGGUGUUCCAAAUACUCAUGAUCAAGACUUAAAAGAUCAAUCAUCAUCUGAAAAUGAAGUUUUUGAAGGUUUAGGUUCAACUUCUGUUUUUUCAUGGCAAAAUGUGGAUUAUGUUAUCCCAUAUAAAGGCGGUGAAAGAAAGUUAUUAGAUAACGUUCAAGGUUAUGUUAAACCUGGUACUUUAACUGCUUUAAUGGGUGAAUCCGGUGCUGGUAAAACAACAUUAUUGAAUACAUUGGCUCAACGUAUUGACAUGGGUACUAUAACAGGUGAUAUGCUUGUUAACGGUCGUCCAUUGGACAAUAGUUUCCAAAGAUCCACUGGUUAUGUUCAACAACAAGAUUUACAUAUUGCUGAAUUGACUGUCAGAGAAUCAUUACAAUUUGCUGCUAGAUUAAGAAGACCACAAUCUGUUCCUGAUGAAGAAAAAUUAGAUUAUGUUGAAAAAAUCAUCAAGAUCUUACAAAUGGAUGCUUAUUCAGAAGCUCUUGUUGGUUCUUUAGGAUCUGGUUUAAAUGUUGAGCAAAGAAAGAAAUUAUCAAUUGGUACUGAAUUGGUCGCUAAACCAUCAUUAUUGUUGUUCUUGGAUGAACCUACAUCAGGUUUAGAUUCUCAAUCAUCAUGGGCUAUUGUUAACUUGUUAAGAAAAUUAGCCGAAGCUGGUCAAUCCAUCUUGUGUACAAUUCAUCAACCUUCAGCUACAUUAUUUGAAGCUUUUGAUCGUUUAUUAUUAUUAAGAAAAGGUGGUCAAACUGUUUAUUUUGGUGAUAUUGGUAAGAAUUCUGAAACAUUGUUGAGUUACUUUGAAAGAAAUGGUGCUAGACAUUGUGAAAAACAUGAAAAUCCAGCUGAAUAUAUUCUUGAAGCUAUUGGUGCAGGUGCUACUGCUUCUGUCCAUGAAAAUUGGUAUGUUAAAUGGUGUAACUCUGCAGAAUAUGAAGCUACAACUCGUGAAAUUCAAAAGUUAGUAGCUGAAGGUGCUUCUAAACCAGUUGAACAUAACAAAGAAUUGGAAGGUACUUAUGCAUCACCUUAUUGGGAUCAAUUUACUGCUGUUACCAAGAGAACUGCUACUCAAUUCUGGAGAGAUCCUCAAUAUAUUAUGGCUAAAGUGAUUUUACUUGUCGUUGCUGGUUUAUUCAUUGGUUUUACAUUUUGGGAUUUGGAUGAUUCUGUUGUUGGUAUGCAAAAUGGUAUGUUUGUUGUGUUUUUAUCAAUUAUUCUUUCUGCUCCUGCUAUCAAUCAAAUUCAAGAACGUGCUAUUGCAUCAAGAGAAUUAUUUGAAGUUAGAGAAUCCAAAUCUAAUACUUAUCAUUGGUCCACUUUGUUAUUGGCACAAUUUUUGAAUGAGUUACCAUAUCAUUUUGUUAUUAAUGCAGUAUUUUUCUGUUGUGUUUAUUUCCCAUUGAAGAUUGAUACCUCUGCAACAAGAGCUGGUGUUUGGUAUUUGAAUUAUUCAAUUAUUUUCCAAUUAUAUUAUGUUUCACUUGGUUUAUUAAUUGUUUAUGCUGCACCUGAUUUAGCUUCAUCAUCAGUUUUGACUGGGUUAGUGUUUUCGUUGUUAAUUUCAUUCUGUGGUGUUGUUCAACCACUUAAAUUGAUGCCUGGUUUCUGGACUUUUAUGUAUAAAGUUUCACCAUUAACAUAUGUUGUUCAAACUCUUAUGGGUUUAGUUUUACAUGAAAAGAAAGUUGUUUGCAAAACAGAAGAAUACAGUUAUUUUGAACCACCUUCAGGAAUGACAUGUCAAGAAUUUGCUGGUCCAUUUGUUGAAAAUACUACUGGUUAUUUGAAAAAUCCAAAUGAUACUUCUGAUUGUGGUUACUGUCAAUAUUCAGUUGCUGAUGAAUACAUGUCAUCAGUUGGUAUGAAGUAUAGUUAUAGAUGGAGAAAUUUUGGUUUCAUGUGGGUUUACAUUAUUUUCAAUUUAUUUGCAAUGUGUUUCUUAUAUUAUACCUUAAGAGUUCUUAAAACUGAUCCAGUUAGUUUGAUCAAGAGUAAGAUUGAAGCUUACAAGUUGAAAAAACAAGCUGCUAAAAAAGGAUCUAACUAA